CAAGCACUAUUAUAUAAAUACGUGUAGCUGAACUUAGAUGGCCCAGCACAAAGCAACAAACAAUUCUUGUCCAUAGGCUAACAAAACCAUGUUGGGAGACAUAGCUAAGAGGUUGAGGGAGCUCAAUGGCAGGGAUAACCGGAAGGGCCUGUCGGAUCCCCUAGACAUCGACCUCCGCCGUAACAUCCUCCUCUAUGGCGAGAUGGCACAGGCGACCUACGAUGCAUUCAUCACCGAGAAGAAGUCCCGGUAUGCCGGCGACUGUCGGUAUGCGCGGAGGGACUUCUUCGACAAGGUGGCGACAUCGACCGACCAACAAUCUUUGUAUCGAGUGACCAAGUUUUUCUAUGCGACUUCGAGCAUCGAUGUACCUGAAGCGUUCUUGAUAAAGUCUUUGUCGAGGGAGGCGUGGAGCAAGGAGUCGAACUGGAUGGGAUACGUCGCGGUGGCGACCGACGAGGGUAAGAAGGUGCUGGGGAGGAGGGACGUGGUGGUGGCUUGGAGGGGGACGGUGCAGGCGUUGGAGUGGAUCAAUGACCUUGACUUCACCUUGGUUUCGGCUUCUGCGAUACUGGGCAAGGGGUCUUCAGGUAAUCCGCAGGUGCACAGAGGCUGGUUGUCCAUCUACACCUCCAACGAUCCCAGGUCGCCGUAUAACAAGGAUAGUGCGAGGGACCAGGUUCUGAGCGAGAUUGGAAGGCUGAUGGAGGAGUACAAGGACGAGGAGACCAGCAUCACCAUAACCGGCCACAGCCUGGGCGCUGCGCUCGCCACUCUCAAUGCCGCAGAUAUCGCCUCCAAUGGCCUUAACAAAUCCAACGCUCAUCCAAAUAAGAACUCCCCGGUCACAGCCUUCGUCUUCGCCAGCCCUCGGGUUGGAGACUCCGACUUCCGGGAGGCCUUCUCCAAAAUCCCAGAGCUGAGGCUGCUCCGAAUUCGCAACGUCCCCGACCUGGUCCCGAACUAUCCGCUCUUGGGCUACGAUGAUGUAGGCGUCGAGCUAACGAUAGACACCCGAAAAUCCCAGUACUUGAAGAGCCCCGGAAACCUGUCCUCAUGGCACAACUUGGAGGCGUAUCUCCAUGGGGUCGCAGGAACGAGGGGGGGCAAGAAAGGGUUCAAGUUGGAGGUGGAUCGCGACGUGGCUUUGGUGAACAAGAGCAUGGAUGCACUGAAGGAUGAGUACCUGGUUCCAGCUUCGUGGCGGGUGGAGAAGAACAAGGGCAUGGUGAAGGGUGCCGAUGGGCACUGGAGGUUGAUGGAUCAUGAGGAGGACAGUGUACGUGAUGGUUAGGAAUUCAAACGGAAAGGUGAUACUUAACCAAGAUGUGGAAAACGGAUAACAAAAUAAGUUAAUAAUGCGCAAAUCAGGCCUAUCCCAUUUAUUUAAUAGUCGUAAAACUCAUGGCAUAACCAUGCAAGUUCAUGAAGCCAUUUAAUAUUUGUUUGUUUUUAGUUUUUCUCUGGAUUAUUCGUCAUUAUGAACUUUGUCAAGCCCCAUUAAUAAUUAAUAUUAAUGGUUACUCUACGUGCAA